CUUUGUUCUAACAGAAGGAAAUUUCUUUUCUUUAGGUGAAAUUUGGAACCUGUAACACUCCCAAGCCAAGCUUCUUUGAUUUUGAGGGAAAGCAGAAAUGGGAGGCUUGGAAAGCCCUUGGAGACAUCAGCCCUCAUCAAGCUAUGCAGGAGUAUAUUGCUACAGUGAAAAAAAUGGACCCCAGUUGGAAUCCACAGGUGACAGAGAAGAGGGGAAAGGAAAGCAAAACUGCAUUUGGAGGCCCUGUUGUCAGCUCAUUAUAUCAAGAAGAAACAAUCAGGGCCGGGCUCUUCUCCACUGGGCGUGCGACAGAGGACACAAGGAGCUGGUUUCAGUACUUCUACAGAAUGCUGCUGAUGUCAACAGCCAGGACGGGGAAGGCCAGACCGCGCUCCAUUACGCUGCCGCCUGCGAGUUUUUGGAUAUCGUGGAGCUGUUGCUGAAAUCGGGAGCCGACCCCACGCUCCGGGACCAAGAGGGCUGCCUUCCAGAGGAGGUGACAGACUGUAAAGCCAUCUCCUCGGCUCUGCAGCAGCACACUGCUGGCAAGACCUAACCCCAGGGGAGGACACAGACACUCCGCAAUAACACCCCUUCUCUUCCCCUCUUGUCCCAAAACGCCUUGUGUUGGUGGGGGGGGUCCAAAGGGGAGCUUUUAGAACACAGGGUGAGGGUGGGCUCUCCAGCAGGAGGGCUGGCCGGCCGAGCACCUCUCCUGGGCAGGACGGGAUCAGGGUUUUGCAUGCUCUGACAUUUAUCAGUAUUUUUUGGGCGGGGGGGAGGGAGUGAGGGCCUGGAGAAGGCCCCGAGUAUGGGUUUAACGUAUUAAAUACAAAUACUGUAUCAGAUGUCUCACCAGAGCAGCCUGUGCUGACCCGUCGGCUCCUCCGUGGGGAGGGGAGGGCAGCUGGGCCAGGUGAGAUGCUCGGCUUUCCUCUUCGGGUUGAGUUUUGGUUUUUUGUGGGUUUUUUUUUCCCUCUGGGUCCAAACAAAAUAUUAUAAAUAAAAGCACAGUGUUGGGA